AUGGUCCAAAAGAUCUACAAUAACUACUCCGCUCUUGUGAAGUCAUACACAUUGGUUAAAAUGUUUUCAAAGCAGGAUUCUGAAUUUGUUGACAUUCUUGUAGAUAAACGCUCCUCAAUGAAUUUUGAAAACAGAUGGGUCUUGAGAUCCGCUCUGAACUUCGCAAGUGAUGAAAAAGUAGUCAGAGAAAUAGGUAGAGAGUUCCAGAGAGAAGGACCAGAAAAAGCAAAAGCAGCCAGUGCAAGAGAACAAGAUAUGGAGAUAUAUGAGAAAAGAAAGGGGCAUCAGCAACUAGACGAGCAGCAGAGUUAUCUAUCCUAG